UAUAUAAGGAAUCGUUCAGAUGAACUGUCAGUCUACAGGCAAGUUGCAUUACUGUCGCCACUCUUGAACAUGGGAACCAUGCCAUUGCAGUGUGUGUGUGGAAUAUUUGUAUUCCUCAGUGUAUGUAUGAUUUCCUUCACACCACCUUGCGAUGGAGGAAACAUUCUUGUUUUCCCUCUGGACGGCAGCCACUGGAUCAAUAUGAAGAUCCUGAUGGAAGAACUUCAUGCCAGGGGACACAGCCUCACUGUGAUGAGGGCUUCCACCAGCUGGUACAUCGCAGAAAAGUCUCCUCUCUACACAUCAAUUACCAUGGAAAUGGAUGAAGGUUUAGAGGACUUUUUUGAUGUGUUCCUAAAGGAGAAUAUGAGGGCACAGAGAGAAGGGGCUUCAGCGCUAACUUUCUUCAAACUCACCAAGGACUUCCUCUCUAUGCUUUCUUGGGCUCAUUCAGUGUGGGCUGAUGCACUUGCUGAAAUCUUUGAUAAUGAAGACAUGGUCAAAAGCUUAAGGGAUGCCCAGUAUGAUCUUGUUCUCACUGACCCAGCUAUAGCACCAGGGGUCAUACUAGCCAAGUAUCUCAAACUGCCCAUGGUGCUCAAUGUUCGCUGGAUCACCAGUGGAGAUGGCCACUUUGCGAUAGCCCCCUCACCAGUCUCUUAUAUCCCAGUGCCAGGAUCAGGCUUAACGGACAAAAUGAGUUUCCUCCAAAGGGUCAAGAACAUGCUUUUCUAUGGCCUUAUAGUGUUCCAGCAGAAAUUCAUGGUGGGGCCGAGCUAUGAUGCCAUCUGUGAUAAAUACAUAGAGGGUGGAUGUGACAUCAUCUCGCUUCUUCAGGACGCAGACAUUUGGCUCUUCAGGUCAGAUUUUGUGUUUGAUUUCCCUCGGCCCACAAUGCCAAAUGUCAUCUACAUAGGAGGGUUCCAGUGCACACCAGCUCAACCUCUGCCAGCAGACCUGGAGAAGUUUGUUCAGAGUGCUGGGGAGCACGGAGUCAUCAUUAUGACUCUAGGAACUUUGGUGAACGCUUUGCCCAAAGAGGUUUCUGAUGAAAUCGCCAGCAUCUUUUCCAAGAUGCCUCAGAAGGUGAUAUGGAGGCAUAAAGGGGAGCGUCCCUCUACUUUGGGCAACAACACCAUGAUAGUAGACUGGAUGCCACAGAAGGACCUGCUGGGCCACCCGCAGACCAAAGUCUUUGUAGCUCAUGGAGGAACGAACGGAGUGCAGGAAGCCAUUUACCACGGGGUCCCUGUGCUCGGUAUACCCUUGUUCUUUGACCAGUAUGACAACCUUCUACGUCUGCAGGAGCGAGGGGCCGGAAAGAUCAUUCAGCUAGCUGAUGUUAACCGCCACACCUUUGAGGAAGGUAUUCAUGAAGUGCUCCAUCAGGACAGCUACAGACAGAACAUGCAAAGAUUGUCACAUUUGCACAGAGAUCAGCCGAUGGCACCCAUGGAUCAGGCCGUCUUCUGGGUGGAAUACGUGAUGCGCCAUAAAGGUGCUCCUCAUCUGCGAACAAAGGCUUAUCAGAUGCCCUGGUACUCAUACUAUUGUUUAGAUAUACUGCUACUAUUGCUGACUGCAGUGACAGUGCUGCUGCUCUCUACUUUGGCUAUUUUCAGGUUCCUGUGCUGCAGAGGUAGAAGGACGACCAAAACCAAACAACACUGAUUGAGGUCUAAUUGGUUUAGAAAUAUGCUACAAUGUGUUCUCUAGUGUUUCGUUUAAACAAAACAUCCAUCUUACAGUGUAUAAUUUGUAUCUAUUUAUUAUUUAUGGAUAAAAUUAUAAUCACUCAAUUUAUUUAGCCAUAUUAAAUAUAGAUAUAGCUGAAGAGAUGUAACUCCUCUACUGUUUUAGAAUGAAAUCCCAAAUGUAUUUGGACAAGAUUUCAGUUAUAGAGUACCCACAAAUCAUUUGUGAUAGGCUGAUCUUUGGAGAGUAGUUUUGCAAGUGUAUACCUGCUCUCUCUCAAUCUGAAAUAGAAAAAGCAAACAGGGGAAUGUCUGUCUUUUGAACAGAGGUGACAUUGACAUAUAGGUUCCACUUAUCUGACUAGAUUGAAGUGUUCAUAUUGGGCACUUUAAAAGGCCACUUUGUGGUUUUCCAAUGGAUUUUCCCCCAAAGGUAUUUCCCCACUUAUAAUAACAGUCCAUCCAGUGACAGUUCAUUUUCUUUAAUAGUUUUACUUUGGUCAGUGAUUUUUUCAACAGGUAAAGAAAAAUGUGGGUGUCGAUACAAAGAAGUUAGAAGCAACCAACAUUCAACCACAUUUUCGUCGUUUUUUUUCGCAACUUUUGCCUUCUUCAGGUCAUGGAUAAUGGAAUUUAUAACUGAAGAAAGUGUAAUGGGUUAUAUCAUCCUCCAGCUGACUUGCAAGCACUUCUUUAAAUCAUACAUGGAGAAUUAAUUUAUAUUAAGUAAGCUGUAUGGUUAAUUGGAUUUUGUAUUGUAUCGACUUAAAAAAAGCCUGAUGUAACUGGAAUUAAGCAAUAGCAUUUGCCAACAUAUGUUUGUGGGAUCAAAGGCAGGAAAUAAGCUAUUCCAUAUAUUACAUGUUGCUUCUUUAUGAGUUGUGUCAUGUUAUGCAGGUGGCAAAGCCAUAUCAGACUAUUCCCAUCCCAACACUUUGACCUGCACUUUCACCACAGAAGCGUGGAUGUUUAGAUUAAUCAUAUCUAGAAAAACCCUCUUCGCCUCCAAUACAAUAAAUACAGUUAUCAUUGGGUACCAUCAAAGUGUAAGGGAAUGUUUAUUGUUGAAGCACCAGACUGCCACAUGGACACCUACCUAUCAAUAGCCUAAAUACACUCAUUCACACAACUGGUUUCAUAAAUAAAACGGUAAUGUAAUUUGGCAAUGUUGUAUCAAGACAGAGAGCAAAACUAAAACAUGCACUCUAAACUGAAAGUGGAGGAGACCAAGUCACUGAAUAAACAAACUGCAGGUGAGAAACUUCUAAUUUAUUUGUCCAUCUGCUCUUAUAAUCGGAAUGCUUCCUGGUUUCAAGCCAUUUUCUCAUUAAUCAUGUCUGGGGCUGCAGGGACCCCUCACUGAUGUAUGAGUCAGACGUCACUGGGUUUCCACAUGAUCUUUAUUCUGUCCAGAGCCCUGCUGAAAAAUGAAAAUGGCUUGUGCAAACUGUAACAAAAUUACCCUUUUUGAUACUGUAAUGGCAACUUUUAUUUAUUUAGACUUAAGCUGUUACAUAAGAUAUAUGUAAGGGAAACUUGUGUAGGCAUGGCUGAGUAGGUUUGUGCUAUAAUGCUUUUUUAAAUGUAUACAUUAAGCUGUUAAUCAGUUUUGAAGUAGUUACCUCAUGUGAAUUAUUUGACAGCUGAUGAUAAACAAAGUCUGUUAAAUCUACUGUGUAGCAAGUUGCGGUCGGGUGUACAGGGUGUGUCUGUUUUCCUUGAUAUGGCUGGGGAGAGAAUAAACUACCAAAAUAAAGGAAACACCUGGUAAAAUAAGGAACACAGACUUUAUACGCUGAUGGGGAGCAGUUUCCUGAAGUGUCUGCUCAAUGCCUUAGGGGGACAAGUUAAACACUAUGUUUACACAAAGUGAUUUCUGAACCAUCAUUUUAUUCUCAUAAAGCAUGUAAUUUGUAAUGUCAGAUGUGUUGAUGGCAUCUGUCAAGUUGUCAUGUAUUUGUCUCUGAAAAGUUUUCAGAGACAAAUAUCUCCUGCUGUAUGGGGGAUCUUGGGACACUGCCUAACAUUUGUGUAUAUUCUAUCAACAAACCAUUAGAUGAUGUGAUUUGUCACAUGUGCUUCCUCUGAAACACGACAGCACCCUCAUAUUAUGCCCCAGAGACGGACUGUGACAGGCGGGAGGUUGUAUGGACGGUUCUUGGAGGGGAGAAGGAGGUACG